AUGAGUUUACCAUGGGAAUUAGGUCUUGCAGAAACUCAUCAAACUUUAGUCUUGAAUGAUCUUCGUGGUCGUGUAGUUGUUCAAACAGAUGGUCAAAUCAAAACAGGUCGUGAUGUGGCAAUUGCAUGUUUGUUAGGUGCUGAAGAAUGGGGUUUUGCUACUACUCCAUUUCAAGAUUACAUUUACUCUUAA